GUGCUUCGUACAAGCUACAAAUAGAAAUAGAUGCAUUAAAAUGAAAAUAUGACUGCUACCGUGCUCGGAACAGUACAUUUCAGCAUUUAUUUCAUUUGUUCCCUUCCUUGCCUUCUACUUACCUAACAUAUAUCUGUAAGUUUCAUCUUCUUAUUGCUUAUCCUCUGGCUUUAAAUACCCACGAGAUCAAAGGAAAACUUCAGUUCUUUGUUGUGUCUCCUAAUUCAAAAUACUUCACUUUGUUAAACCAUGGCUUCUUCUGCAGCUCUAUCUACCUCUAUAAACCUUGUAAGUUCUCCCUCUCCUUCCAUGGGUCCUGUAUUUGGAAGCUCCCAAGUGGGUCUUGAUCCAUUAAUAAAACCUGCCUUUUGGUCUCUGCAGACUCACCAUUUUGGGGUUCCCCUUCUCCAUCACUGCAGUUUGAGGAGGCAAAGAAGAAAAUCAUAUUUCAGUGUCUCUCAGCAAAAAAGCAUUGUUGAGCAAAAGAACAGUGAAGACAGAUCAAGAAAAAAGCAAAGUGACGACACAACAAUUAGAGAUUCUCCAGUAUCCCAGCAGGAGGGUAGCUCCCCUCCGCUGGUUAAUGCAUUGAAAGUUGCAGCUGAACGAAAUGCCGCUCGUUUUCACUUUCCUGGGCAUAACAGAGGGCGUGCGGCACCAUCAUCAGUAACUCAGCUCAUUGGUGUAAAGCCAUUUAUGCAUGAUUUAACCCAGAUUCCAGAGCUGGACAACCUUCAUCGUCCCAAGGGCCCAGUUUUAGAAGCAAUGCAGCAAGCAGCACAACUUUUUGGAGCAUCUGAGACAUGGUUCCUGGUUGGAGGAACCACUUGUGGGAUUCAAGCUGCAAUUAUGGCAACUUGUUCUCCAGGAGAACAUAUAAUUCUUCAAAGAAAUUCCCAUAUAUCAGCCAUAUCUGCUCUGGUGUUAUCUGGUGCAAUACCUAUAUACACCAUGCCUGAGUAUGAUUCCAAUUGGGACAUUGCUGGUGUGGUUACUCCAUCACAGAUUGAUAAAACAAUCAAGGAUGCAGAAAUGGAAGGCAAAACAGUAUCUGCAGUCUUUGUUACUUCACCUACUUACUAUGGAGUAUGCAGUAAUCUGAGAGAGAUUUCCCAGAUAUGUCAUUCUCAUGGAAUUCCCUUGAUUGUUGAUGAGGCCCAUGGGGCACACUUUGGGUUUCAACCUCAGCUACCUCAUUCAGCACUCCAGCAAGGGGCUGAUUUGGUUGCUCAAUCCACCCAUAAAGUUCUCUGUUCUCUUACUCAGUCAUCAAUGUUACACGUUUCAGGAGAUAUCAUAGACAGAGAAAGAGUUUGCAGAUGUUUACAAGCAGUUCAAAGCACCAGCCCCAGUUAUCUGCUUUUAGCAUCAUUAGAUGCCGCCAGAGCUCAACUAAGUGAUAAUACAGACAAGAUUUUCAAGAAAGCAAUAGAUUUAGCAAAUCAAGCAAAACAAAAGAUAAAUAAAAUUCCAGGUAUCUCGAUCCUAGAAGCUCCCACUAUUGAUCCAUUGAGACUCACUAUUGGUUUCCAGCAAUUUGGUUUGACUGGCAAUGAAGCAGAUGAAAUACUACACAAGAAUCAUGAUAUAGUUUGUGAACUCUUCGGGACACAAUCCAUUACUUAUGUCACUACCCUCGGAACAUGUGAAGAUGAUAUACAAAGGCUGGUGUCAGGUAUUGAGGAUAUAAGCUCUUCUGCAUCCAUUCUGAGAGUUGAAGGAAGAAGCAAACUUAGUCUUUUUGCUCCCUUUCCUGACAAUAAAAUCGCUUUGAGUCCUAGAGACGGGUUUUUCGCGAAAAAAAGGAGAGAGAACUUUGAAGAAUGCGUGGGGAAGGUGUGUGGGGAGCUAAUAAGUCCAUACCCACCAGGGAUACCAGUAAUGAUCCCAGGUGAGGUUAUAUCUGAACAAGUUUUGGAUUAUUUCCUGCAUCUAAAAAGCAAAGGUGCCACUGUAGAUAGUGCAUCCGAUCCUCAACUUGCUUCACUACUUGUGUGCAAUGUGUAGGCGAAAGUGCAAAAUGACUUAUGAACAGGGUGCUUUAUUUGAAUCCUGAUAUGGUUGGAGUGGUUUCUAGCAGAAUAUAAGUAUUGAUAAGUAAAAUCAAGUUGAACCUCUUCUUUGUAAUCAUCUUUCCUCCACACAAAUGCACCAAUAAUCAAUGAUUUGA